UAACAGUACAUUUAAGGCAAGCGCACCUGUGCAGCUCGCGCACUUUGUUCACAUGGCGCGUGCUCUGGGUCUGGUGGCCGCGGGCGCUUGCGUCCUCGCGCUCGUGGUGGCCUGGGUCUCUUACCGGCUGCUCCGGAACGUCAUACGAAUGUGGACCGACCUGAAGCCCGUCCCGAGCAUCGGUGUGGCCUACCCUCUCCUCGGGCACGCGCUGCAGCUUAAGACCAGCGCCGUAGAGUUUUUUUGUCAGGUGAUCGGCUACACAGACGAGUUUCGGAACGCUCCACUGCUGAAGGUCUGGCUUGGACCCCUGCCCUUCCUCUUCCUCUACCAUGCCGAGACUGUGGAGCCGGUUCUGAAUAACUCUCUGCACAUGGAUAAGGCUUAUUCUUAUAAGUUUUUGCACCCCUGGCUCGGAACUGGGCUACUGACCAGUACAGGGAAUAAAUGGCGGAGCAGGAGAAAGCUCCUCACUCCCACCUUCCAUUUCUCCAUCCUGAAUGAUUUCCUGGAGGUGAUGAACGAGCAGGCCGAGGUCCUCGUGGACAGACUGGAUGAUCACGCAGGGAAAAAACCGUUCAACUGCUUCAGCCACAUCACGCUGUGUGCUCUCGACAUCAUCUGUGAAACCGCUAUGGGGAAAAAGAUCUACGCCCAGAGCAACCAAGACUCCGAGUACGUGCACAGCGUCUACCGGAUGAGUGACCUCAUCAGUAAACGCCAGCGGAAGCCCUGGUACUGGCCGGACUUUGCGUUCCAUUACUUCGGUGAUGGUAAAGAGCACAACCACUGUCUGAAGAUCCUGCACACCUUCACUGAGAGUGUGAUUCGUGAGAGAGAGGUGUAUGGAUAUCACGACAUGGAGUCCGACAGCGAAUCCAAGCUGGGAAAGAAGAAGAGGCGGGCCUUCCUGGAUAUGCUUCUGAAGACGACGGAUGAAGACGGGAACAAGCUGACGCACCAAGACAUCCGAGAGGAAGUGGACACCUUCAUGUUCGAGGGACAUGACACUACAGCGGCUGGGAUGAACUGGGCCAUUCACCUGCUGGGGGCUCAUCCUGAAAUACAGAGGAAGGUUCAGCAGGAGCUGUAUGAAGUGUUCGGUGACUCUGACAGACCCAUCAACAAUGAGGACUUGAAGAAGCUCCGUUACCUGGAGUGUGUGAUUAAAGAGGCGCUGCGCAUCUUCCCCUCCGUGCCAUUCUUUGCUCGCACCAUCUGCGAAGACACACAUAUCAAUGGCUACAAGGUGCCUAAGGGUGUGAAUGUAAUCAUACUCACAUACGCACUGCACCGUGACCCACGAUUCUUCCCCGAGCCUGAGGAGUUUCGUCCUGAGCGCUUCCUGCCUGAGAACACGGCAGGGCGAAACCCAUACUGCUACAUCCCCUUCUCUGCAGGCCUGCGCAACUGCAUUGGUCAGCGCUUUGCUCUGAUGGAGGAGAAGGUGAUUCUGGCCUCCAUCUUGCGCUCUUUCAACAUCGUGUCGUGUCAGAAGAGAGACGAUCUGAAGCCACAUGGAGACCUCGUCCUCAGACCCGAGCAGGGCAUCUGGAUCACGCUGGAGAAGAGACACCGCUAACACACACACAUACACACACAAACACAUACACACACACCCAGAGAUGAGCUUAAAAUGGCAGUAAAGCUAAUAUAAGCGUGUUCUAAACUCUCUUCUACAUGCACAUGAUCAGUCGAUGUGUUUUGCACUCACCGCUGUUCAACUGCAGCUCGAGAUGCUCGAGAAUGUCUAGGCCACGGCUUUCGAUUUUCAGUGAGCACUUCGACUGGGGGGCGGAGUCAUCCCAGAAAUAGACCACACCCACCAGGACAUGUGUUUCACAAGAGCGACAGUAUAUCCAUGAUCAGGUUUUAAUGAACCUUUAAAAAAACGUGUUAUAUAAGAAAUAAGAUGAUUUCAGGCGAUUAGCACACGGAUUUAAUUAACAAAGUGUAUUUUAAUGGACUUUAAUGCCUUUGGGUUAUAAGGUUUAAAGGUUUGAAAGCAACUGUUAUCAAUAAAAGAGAUGGGAAAUGCAAACCUGAGAACUUUUCUUCUUUCUGCGAUGUUUACCCUUUAGCUGUUGAAGAGUUCUAGGAAGAUCCAUAUUAAACGUUUAAUUACGAUCAA